GCACAGUUGGUAUUAAUUUUCCUCAGGCGUUCUGUGUGGACUCCUAUUGAGUGCCGUCUGGGGUUAUGGAAUUAACCAAAUAGUCCAGAGAUGGUCUGGACCUCCGCUGGAAAAAAGAACCGGUUGACCUGCUUCACCGAACAUAUUAGGCCGUAGUAUCUUCCAGUGUCCAUGUACUGUUCUGAUGAAGAAUGAUAACAUUUCUGUCUUAAAGCAGGGCUAGAAAACUAACUUAUUUCUUUGCCACAAGCCGUUGGGAACGCGCUGUGCUCGCUGUGUCGUAUCAGCCCCCCAGGUGUUCCUGUAUAAUAGUCAUUUUAAAAAUAUCUCUCUUUAUUAAGACCUGUCCCCAUGUCUGCUUUUUUAUAAUCAACUGGACAAACUGUAAAAUCGGCAAGCAGACGGCUGUGUUGUUAGCUUCAGAGCUAACAGUGACCGAGUCAGUAUUCGGGGGCUAAAAAUAUCGCUCACUGCGCCACCGAAGCUGCUCGGCUUUGGUCCACGUUUGACUCCCGUCUUCGGCUUUCUUUUUCUGGUGACCUUGCUCGGAGUUUGACGCUCUACAUGGUCACCACAGCGGGUUCAGGACAAGAGGAAGAGCGAGUCGGACCCCGAGGCUGUGAGCCGAGCUGGCCUGAUCUGACGUGCUGGGCUUCAGGUCUCCCGGCGGACCACACUCGGCUACGGCUGAUCGGUGGCCGGGUGACAUUUUGCUGUGAUGGGCUUAUAUUGUCAUUAGUGGUGAUAUAACGAGCCCCGGUUCUGCCCAGGGAGACCGAAACUUUGCGAAGGGAUCAGAGUAAGCGACUUAUUUCCAACUUUCGUAGACUUCCAGGAGCUGCGCACCAUGACGGAGGACAACAAUGCAGAAAAGUUCAUUAAGGAGGCGUCCAUCUUGGAUGAAUACAUCAUAAACUGGACACAGAAGCUGGGAGCUGGAAUCAGCGGACCUGUCAGGGUGUGUGUGAAGAAGUCGAGUCAGGAACGCCUGGCCCUGAAAAUCCUCAUCGAUCGCCCCAAGGCCAGAAAUGAGGUGCGUCUUCACAUGAUGUGUGCCAAGCACCCGAACAUCGUGCAAAUUCUGGAGGUGUACGCCAACACCGUCCAGUUCCCUCAUGAGUCCAGUCCAAGAGCAAGACUCCUGAUUGUUAUGGAGAUGAUGGAGGGUGGCGAGCUCUUCCACAGAAUCAGUCAGCACAAGCACUUUACUGAAAAGAUGGCCAGUCAGGUCACCAAACAGAUCAGCCAAGCAUUGGCUCAUUGUCACUCCCUGAAUAUUGCACAUCGUGACCUGAAGCCAGAGAACCUACUCUUCAAAGAUAACUCUCUGGACGCACCUGUGAAGUUGUGUGACUUUGGCUUUGCCAAAAUCGAUCAAGGAGACUUGACGACCCCUCAGUUUACUCCUUACUACGUAGCACCUCAGGUACUUGAGGCUCAAAGAAGACACCAGAAGGAAAAGUCUGGAAUUAUACCUACCUCACCAACUCCUUACACAUAUAACAAGAGCUGUGACUUGUGGUCGCUGGGUGUGAUCAUCUACAUAAUGCUGUGCGGCUAUCCUCCGUUCUACUCAAAGCACCACAGCCGCACCAUCCCUAAGGACAUGAGGAAGAAGAUUAUGACGGGCAGCUUUGAUUUCCCAGAAGACGAGUGGAGCCAGAUCUCUGAGAUGGCCAAGGACAUUGUACGCAAGCUACUGAAGGUAAAGCCAGAGGAGAGGCUAACUAUUGAGGGAGUCCUGGCUCACCCCUGGCUGAACUGCACCGAGGCGCUGGACAACGUCUUGCCGUCUGCACAGAUGAUGAUGGACAAGUGUCUUUUAAGUGAUGAUGAUGCUGUUGCCAUCAGAGGAGUUGAUGAGCAGGUUUGCAAAGCCGUGGUCGCGGGAAUCCAGCAGGCCCACGCCGAGCAGCUCGCCAACAUGAGGAUUCAGGACCUGAACGUCAGCCUGAAGCCUCUGAACUCUGUCAACAACCCAAUCCUCAGGAAGCGGAAACUGCUGGGCCCCAAACCCACAGACAGUUUCUUCAUCCAUGACCCAGAGAACGGAGGGGAAGACUCGAACGUAGCGCUGGAAAAACUGAGAGAUGUCAUAGCACAGUGCAUACUCCCACAGGCUGGAGAAAACGAGGAUGAGAAGCUGAAUGAGGUGAUGCACGAAGCCUGGAGGUUCAACAGAGACUGUAAGCUGCUGAGAGACGGCCUGCAGGGUCUCAGCUGGGAUGGGCGAUCUUUUUCCGAUAAAGUUGACCGCUUGAAGUUGGCUGAAAUAGUGAAACAGGCCAUUGAAGAAAAGACAAAUCUUCAAGAUUCCCAUUAGCCAACGCUGACUUUCUAUCUUUUUUUUUUAAAUUUUAUUUUAUUGUUUAUUGAGACUCUUUUUAAUCCAUAUCUGUAAAGACUGUUUUAUGUCAAAUGAUGUGCAGGUUUUUUUUUAUUUUUUAUUUUUUAUUGCCUCCAUAAUUUCAUUUGUAAAACCUAUUGUUGAGCUAUACUGGAAGAGCUACUGUACAGCUGUAUAUAUAUUUCAAAGGAUUUGUUGCUACUUUCAUUUUUUAAAAAACAAAUGGACAAUUGCAAAGAAUGUGGAAAAAAAAUAUAUUUUCAUUUUUACUAAAAAAGAUGAAAGAAAUUAUUUUUUGGGAGGGAAUUUUUAUUAGCUGCUCGUCGAAGAUGUCUUGUUUUAUCCCAAUUAUUUCUUUCUCUUCUUUAAUUAUACUCAUUGUAAGAGUUUUAUUUAUUUAAACUGAAAAUUCCAAGAUUUUAUAUCUUUCUUGUAGCUCGAUAGUGGCUCUAAAGUUUAGAGAAGCUGUCUAUGACGUGACCUUUGUUCUUCCACUCUGCCUGCAGGCAUAUAAACAUAACAGCCAUUGUUUCAUUUUAAUUUUUUCUUAUCAAACCUUUUUGACAUUCUAAAUAUGUAGGACAAGCAGAAAUGAGGAAUUGAGUCAAAAGAAAGUGUCACAGCAGAAACAUGCACCCAUUUAAAACAUCAGCUGACUAAAAUCAGAGUAAAAAAAAAACAAACUUCCUUUUGUUGUAAUUAGUGGAAAAAAGUUUUUUUUUGUUUGUUUGUUGAUGAAAUCUAAGCCACAUGAGACCAAAGGUUUGCCUUUCGUUGUAAAUCAGUGACUCUGGUAACAGAAAUGCUCGUGUUGCAUCACAAAUGUGAAGGAUUGGACAGGUUGAGCUCUGCCUUCAUGGGAUAAGAAAGUGAUUUUUACAACUGACCAUUCAGAGCCUUUUUUUAUUAUUAUUAUUAUUAUUAUUCAAACGUUAAAGUUGCCUCAGCCUUUUGGAAAACACUACUGAAUACUCGACGCUUCUGAAGAGAAAUUAUUUCACCUGCGGUGGAUCUGAAAGUUAUUCACUUGCUGUUAAAACGCCAGCUUCUGUGAUGUAGAAGAUGAGACCAAGACGACCUUUGACCUUACGUUUAACAUGUACAGGUUAGCUGCUUAAAAACAAGCGAGUGCCAAAAUAACAAAGCUACAACAACAUGUACGUUUCAUUUCUUAAUACUUUGCAAAAGUUAUCAAAACGUUUGUCAAGACACCGAUCUACAGGAAAGACGGCGGAUUCUGGACUCCUGCUCAAAUAAGACAACUGUCCGAGUUUCAGCUAAAGAAAAAUAACCCCACAUCAUGAUAUUGCCACCACCGUGUCGGUAUGGUGGUGUUUUUGUUUACAUUUCGCCUCUUGAGAAAUGUAAACUAAAUGUCCAGCUGUAGUGUCUAGUGUCAGCUGGAGGAAGGUCUGGACAAGUUUGACAACCGAAAUUUUCCAUUGCUAUAUUUCAUCCUUGAGUCAGAAAUGUCCUCGAUGCAUUUCUUUUGAUUAAUUUUUGAUCUGUGAAACUGAACUAUUCAAACUGCUUAGAUGCAAAUCGGCAUCUGCUGGAACUCAAAUCUGCACGGUUCGUGUCUUGACUUUCUUUUCCUGCAAAAGAGGUUGUCACUUGAAGAAAAUGAUUUCUUGAAACACAGUAGGGAAGUCUGGGUUUUGGUUUCAGAACUUGACGCUUUUUAGACCAUGUGCAAUAAGGCAAUCGUUUAUUCUGUGUUCAGAUCACAUGGAUUUUCACAAUGAGAUCCGUCAGUAUUACUCCCACUCUGCGCUUCAUUUCAUUCGUCUGUGUGUAACCUUUCUUUUCUGUUGGUUAUUUUCACCUUUUAAGUUCUAAUAAACAUAUUAUUGACUGGGCUGAAUUAAAUCCUUAUACUUUUGUGCUGCAGUCAUAUCUGACAUUAUUUCCGAGGAAAACAAAACACAGGAUUUGUUUUAGUUUAAAAAGAAGCCACUUUUACUUCAAGGAUGUUGAGCAAUUUAAUGAUCUUUUUAAAAGUGGCACAAAGAGUCUUAUGUUGUAUUUUGGUAUUUACAGAUGAGCUGUUGUUUAAAUUUUCCCAAGAUAGUUUGGAAGUUAUUUUAGACAGAAUCCCAAGCUGAAAGACAAAAGCUUGCUAAAAAAAAUGCCUCCUAAUUAUAUUGCAGAUUAUUUAAAUGUAUUCAGUGCCUUGUUGAAAGAGGUAGUUCGUUCCAAUAAAUUCACCUUUAUCAAAUUAUUUCUCCAGUUUUCACAGAACUCAUGACAAGACUAUAAUAAAAUGUUUUCAUCUUCUCAUAAUAAACUAGCAGCAUGCAUAGUCAGAUUUACAGAAAACAGUUAGAGCCACAAAAAAAAAUUAACAAUUCAAACUUUAAUGCAGAUGGAUAACUGGGAGCAACCAGCUUCAGUGUUGGAGUUGUCCAGGACAUGGACACUUGCUGACAAAAGUAAUCUAAAGUAAAAACAUAAAAUGUGAUUCUUCUU